GGGCGCAGGGUGAUGGCCCAGGUUGUCGCCGCCGCCGCCGCUGCCGCCGCCUCAGCCACAGGAACUGAAGUCGCCGCCGCUCCCUUAGCUGCCGCCUCCUGGGUCGCCGGCCGCCCGCGCGCUGGCUCGGCCGGGACCCGCAGCCAUGGAGGACUUCAUCGUGAUCUCGGACGACAGCGGCUCCGAGAGCUCCGGGGGGAAUCGCUCCGGCCGGGCACGGAGGCUCCGCCGGGCCCUGUCCCGGACCCCUGGCACGCUGCCCCGCCGUACCGUGGAUUUCAUUGACUUAACUAGAGAAACCAGACCAAGGGCAAAGGAUCGCAGUGGACUCUGUGUGAUUGACCUGACAAGAUCUGAGGAAGAAAACAGACCUAUUGCCACUCUUGACUUGACUCUAGAACCUGUCGCUCCUUCCCAGAAGGAGCCGGCCAGUCUUCAAACAUGUGCCAGCCUUUCCAGCAAAGAGAUGAUGGAAGGGCGGGUAGACAGAAGCUCUCGGCCUGCAGCUCGGAGAAUCAUUAACAGUGAUCCUGUGGAUCUGGACCUUUUGGAAGAAACCACAUUUGAAGGUCCCCAACCUCCUACUUCCCUCAGUGGGGACUCUCUUUAUCCAGCAGAGCCGAAUUGUAGUUCAUCCGUAUUCAAAGGUGACCUCAGCUUCUUUGCAAGCCUGCAGCUCUCUUCAGAUGUUCACUCCCUCUCCCCAAUGAGCAAUAACGGUAGCAGCAGCAAUCAGAGGGCACCCUUUCCAUGCCCACAGCAAGAUGUGCCUUGCCCACCGCAAGCCUUGCCCUGCCCACUGCGAGCCUCUCCAUGUCCACCGCGAGCCUCCUCAUGCCCACCACGAGCCUUGUCAUGCCCAUCACAAACCGUGCAGUGCCAGCUACAAACCUUGCCUCACCUUCCUCAAGAAGUGCCAUACCCUCCUCAAGAAGUGCCAUGCCCCCCUCAAGAUGUACCAUGCCCUCCUCAAGAUGGUCUGUGUCCUCAAAAUGUGCCAUGCCCUCAGCGGAAUAUGCCAAGUCCACCUCAAGACUCACCAUGGCAUUCUCAACUCUCACCAAGCCCACCUCAAGACUCACUGGGCCUGCCUCAAGGUGUACCAGGCCCACCUCAAAACAUAUCAUAUCCACAAAAUGUGGCAUACCUACAAGACAUGCCACAGUCCCUGGGAGACCUGCCACCAUCACCAGAUGUGCCACAGUCAUUGGUAGACAUGCCAAAGUCAUCAAGAGACAUACCACAGUCACCAGCAGAUGUGCCACAGUCACCAGAAGACAUACCACAGUCACCAAGAGACAUGCCACAGUCACCAGGAAGUGUACCGCAUUCACCUAGGGAAGUCCCACACUUGUCAGGAGAUGUGCUCCGCUCACCUGGAGACGUGCCAGGCUCACCGGAAGACAUGCCACACACACUUAGAGACUUGCCUCGUUUACCACGAAUCAGGCCUGACUCACCCCAAAAUGAUGUGCAGAGCCAUGACACGCCUAUGGAAGUCUCAGCCCCAUCCUCUCCAAGCUGCUCUCCCAGCCCACAGUCUCCACAGUUUGAAACUUCCUUAGAGAAAAUUCCUUGGCUCUCAGUCACAGAAACUCCAACCAGAAAAGAGACGUUACUGUCAGAGCCUGUCAACCCCGGGUCUACCCAGGUGCAAGUGCGAACACCACAAGGUGGGUUGUACAACAGACCGUGCCUGCAUAGGUUGAAGUACUUCUUACGACCUCCGGUGCACCACCUCUUCUUCCAGACACUAAUACCAGAUAAAGACACGAGAGAGAGCAAGGGUCAAAAAUUAGAACCUAUCCCUCAUCGAAGACUAAGGAUGGUAACAAACACCAUUGAAGAAAAUUUUCCCCUGGGGACCGUGCAGUUUUUGAUGGACUUUGUGUCACCUCAGCAUUAUCCACCCAGAGAAAUUGUGGCUCACAUCAUCCAGAAAAUCCUGCUCAGUGGCUCCGAGACUGUGGAUGUCCUAAAGGAGGCCUACAUGCUUCUCAUGAAAAUUCAACAGCUACAUCCAGCUAAUGCCAAGACGGUGGAGUGGGACUGGAAGCUGCUAGCAUAUGUCAUGGAAGAAGAGGGACAAAAUCUGCCUGGGCGUGUCCUUUUUCUGCGUUACGUAGUGCAGACCCUGGAAGAUGAUUUCCAGCAGAUCCUGAGGAAGCAGCGACAGCACCUGCAGCAAUCCAUUGCAAGCACUGUGCUGUCCUGUGACAAGCAACCCCACAAUGUCAGGGAUGUCAUCAAGUGGUUGGUCAAAGAAGUAACUGAAGACAGAUUAACUCAGCCCCCAGAUGAGAAUCAGACAUCUCCAGGAACAGGAAUCUUGAAGGCCAACAGUAGCCAACCUUCUCCCCAGCCCAACCUGACAAAGAACACCAGUCAGCUGAUUGUAUGCCAGCUGCAGAGGAUGCUGUCCAUAGCUGUCGAGGUGGACAGGACCCCCACGUGUAGCUCUAAUAAGAUUGCUGAAAUGAUGUUUGGGUUUGUGCUGGACAUUCCUGAGAGAAGUCAGAGAGAGAUGUUCUUUACCACCAUGGAAAGCCACCUUCUGCGCUGCAAAGUGCUGGAGAUCAUAUUCCUCCACAGCUGCGAAACACCCACCCGCCUGCCCUUGUCUCUGGCCCAGGCCCUCUAUUUUCUAAACAAUUCCACGUCACUGCUCAAGUGUCAGUCAGAUAAAACCCAGUGGCAGACAUGGGAUGAGCUGGUUGAGCAUCUGCAGUUUCUGCUAUCCAGUUACCAACACGUUUUAAGAGAGCACUUACGGAGUUCUGUGAUUGAUCGAAAAGACUUAAUAAUCAAAAGGAUCAAGCCCAAGCCCCAGCAAGGAGAUGACAUCACAGUGAUGGACGUGGAGAAGCAGAUCGAGGCCUUCCGCGGCCGCCUGGUCCAGAUGCUGGGGGAGCCACUCGUCCCACAGCUCCAAGACAAAGUGCACUUGUUGAAGCUCCUGCUUUUCUAUGCUGCGGACCUGAACCCUGACACGGAGCCCUCCGCAAAGGCCUGGAGCAGCCCCUGAGGUCCCUCUAGGCACUGAACACCAAGAAUACCUCCUGAACUCCACCUCCAACUACUUGGAAGUUCUAUAAGUAUAAAAAGUAGUUUGAAAUCUUAUAGGACCAAACCCUAUCUUAUUUAUCUGCAGGCUAUAACUUUCUAACUCUUUACAAAUUUUUUUUAAUAAUCCUAUCCUAGCCUGUUCUCAGAUACGGCUUAAAUAUAUAUGGUGUAUAUAUAUUUUUUAAUAAAUUAUUUAUCUAUACUUUUUCUGAAACAGGUAAUACUAUAUGCACUAUAUGUUUAACAUUUCCAUUCGAGCUGUGAAAAAAGAAUCCCUGUGUUGAACAACUUCGAGACAUCAAUGUUAUGUCAUUCAAGGUACUGACAAACCUAUUUGGAAGGAGAAAGACAUUCAUUUCUCCCUAAUGGAACCCAGACAUCCUAUAUUGGACCUGUUAUAUUGCCUAUGAAUUUGACGUUGUGGCCAGUCUCUUCAGAUCUGAUGUAAUGGGGGGAGUGGGGCAGAAACAAAAGGAUGGGUAUGUUACAAAAAUUUGAUGUUAAAAGGAUACAAUAAAAAGGCAACGGUUUUUUCAAAAUA